GGCCCGCCCAAAAUAAAUCGAUUUGAAAGUUGAAAAACUCAGUUUCCUCUAGUCUCUCUCUCUCUCCCUAUUAUCUUUUGGUUUCAAGAAUGAAGAAGGCUAGGAGACCUUCUUCAUCUCUUUAAAAGACUUGACAGCAAUAACAAGUCUUCUUAGUUUAUCUUCUUGAAUUUGAAUUGAUUGUUGAGUAUCUUUCUUGUAAAAGCUGAGUGACAAUUUUGUUUCUGUGUGUUUGUUUAAAUUUCUCCUGGUGAUGGCCGACUCCACGAUCCAACUAAGGCUGGUUCGUUGUCCCAAGUGCAAGAAUCUCUUACCAGAGCCUAAAGAUUGCUCCUUUUUUCAGUGUGGUGGUUGUGGAACCGUUCUUUGCGCCAAAAACAAGGACCGUGAAGCAGAUUUGGUGUCGGUUGAGUCCGUGGAUAAUACAGCCAAAGAAACUGAAGUUAACUCUGGUUUUAGUGAUGAUGAAAAAUCUGAUUCAAAUGCUUCAUUAAGACACCAACAUAAUAAUGGUCAAACACAGACUUGGGAGGUUCACAGUGAUCCUAGUUCGAAACUGAAUGUUGUUAAUUCUGGUGAUAACGAUUCUCAACCGGGUUCGGCUCGGUUAAGGCGAAGAACAACAAAGACAUGCGAUUAUGAAGGUUUCAGAUUCUCCCCUUCUAACUAUUUUACAGAUCCCCUGUCUAGUGAUGAAGCAAUUGAUCAAGACAGAGCUGGACUAGUGAGAAAAUUGGAUAAGCUAAAAGAACAGCUUCUUCAACCUAAAGAGCAGCAGAUCUUGUGUUCUUCUUCAAGAUUCAAAAAGGCUCCAUUUGCAAGUUCUUCAUAUUACCGUCAUUAUCCAGAACCUGAACCACCAUGUCUAUAUGGCAAUAACCCUGAUGUUUCUCUGCGUGGUCCGAUGCAUAAUCAGUCUCAUGUUCCAGCUUAUGGAGAUCCUCUUGGGAUCCAGAUGCGUGAAAGAACUCUGCAGCCAUCUCAUCUGCACAACUCAAGACAGUAUAUUGCCAAUAAUAAUGGUGAUGACUUGUUCGAUACACAUCUGAGAAAUGGGAUGUUACAUCAAUCAACUUGCUCGUGUUCCCACUGCUAUGAUCCAUAUCAUAGAGCUUCAGGCUCAGUGUUUCCUCCCUCAGGAUUGCCUGAUGCUCUGCAUAGUGCUGGUUUUUACCCUCAUGAGAGAAGUUUUGGUUUUGAUACUUCAUUGCAUAGUCCGAGAACCUUUGUUCCGCAUCCUCCUGGUUCUCACUCUCCUGGUCCACAGCUCCAUGGAAGAUGCCAGAGUGGAUAUGGGGAUGCGCGAAUGAAUGCUAUUACUCGUGUUCGUUCCCGUAAAGCUGUAUCAUCUUCAAGUGGUACUCGCCUAAUCCACCCUGUGGCUGGUGGUGCACCAUUUAUAAAUUGUAAAAACUGCUUCAAACUUCUGAAAUUGCCAGACAAAACAGAUUCUGCGACGAGAAAGCAACAGAGAAUGCGGUGCGGAGCCUGCUCUUGUGUAAUAGAUUAUUCCUUUGUUGAUAAGAAACUCAUUCUCUCUACGGAUCCUGCUUCAGCCAAAAAAGCAGAAACUCAUAGUAGGCUGAAUUGGGUAACUUCUGCUAACUUCUCUUCUGACUAUGAUAAUACUGCUUACGAAUUCCAUGCAAUGGAUAGAGGACUAACCGACGUAUCAACUGGUCUGACUUUGAAUUCUGACAAAGCUCAAGAAAUGCAGACUGCGGAUUCUACUCCUAGUGUGACUGAAGACGAGCUAAGUUCAGACAGUUCAACAGGAAAAGUUACUCCUGAUUUACCUCUUCACAAACACUUUGAAUACUCUUCGAUCAAUGUAAGAGACCGGUCUGGGCCAAGGAGCCGAAGUUCUCGUUCAGAACAGGACAGGGUCGUGCUGAGCAAAACAGCCAUGAGACAGAACUCUAUGAAAAAAGAUUCAGUAGCAAUUGAGAUGGACGUUAAUGAUUACUCUCACAACAAUGAAGUGUCUCAAGAUUCUGCCAAUGACUAUACCGAUGAUCAGGGAAGAACCAAGAAAGGCGGAUUCGCGAGUAUUGUGAAGAAUAGCUUCAAGGAUCUGAAGAAGUCUAUACAGAACGAAGGUAGAAGUGAUGUCUCAGUAAAUGGGCAUCCAGUAGCUGAACGUCUGGUGAAAAUGGCAGAGAAGCAGGCUGGACCAAUCAGGCCAGGAAACUACUGGUACGACUACAGAGCUGGAUUCUGGGGAAUAAUGGGAAGUCACUGUCUUGGAAUAUUACCGCCUUUCAUUGAGGAGCUCAAUUACCCAAUGCCAGAGAAUUGUGCUGGCGGAACCACAGGAGUAUUUGUGAACGGAAGAGAGCUUCACCAGAAAGACCUGCGCUUGCUCACUGCCAGAGGUCUCCCACGCGACAGAGAUCGAUCCUACACUGUUUACAUCUCAGGUAGAGUGAUAGACGAAGAUACCGGUGAAGAGCUAGAUAGUCUUGGCAAACUUGCCCCAACGGUGGAUAAGCUAAAGCGUGGGUUCGGGAUGAGAGUGCCAAGGAGAGCUGCAUGAAGAAAUUUAAAGAAAUGUUCAUGAAACUCCCCGUUGUGUUCAACUUGUAUCUCUGAACAUCCGUGUUUGAUUAUACUAACACAUUCUAAGCUAAACUUUGUUCUAACUCCUACAGAGACUUAUAAUCAAUGUAAAGGAUGAGAAUGAGGAAAAUGAAAUAUCAUUAUUGGCAACAAGAAUCUAAAACACCAAAAAGAUGAGUGUAUUCGAAAGCUUCCAAAAUCAUUAUUGAGCCUUACUACAA